AAUGUUUGUGGGGGACAAAUCAAGAUUUUGAAUGGAAGACUUAACAAGUAGAAGUCACUGAACAAACAGCUUGUCAGUCCGGUUUGAUUUUAGUUAUGGAUUAUCUGAUUUGUCUAUAUUUACAUUGUAAUGGUCCUCUGAAUGCUUGGUUAAUAAUAUUUGAACCUUAAAAUAUUUUAAGCAGUACUUUUUUUUUGGAAACUUAAUGCUUAUGCUUAUUGUCCCUUAACGCUUCAAGGCUAAGGGAGUGGCAGGGAGAGCUGAGAGAGGAAGAGAGAGUCUGGUACUAAUUGUCCAUAGCCCUAUAGUGAUCUGUUUCCCUUUUCUGACACACCAGUUGCAGUACAUAAAGACAUUGAUAGUUAAUAAUAGAGUCAGGUAUUCUAUGCUAAAUUAAAUGGAAGUCUAAAUUGUGUAGGGCUGAAGUCUUUGAGGGCUGGUGUCAGUCAAUCCUGACCUGACCUUAUAAUUGUGCAAAAUCAUAUUUCACAACUUGCAUACAUUAUUAUAUUACAAUAUGCUUUUUGGGAUACAUUCACAAAUGUUAUAUUCUUAAAAUGUUCAAGAUAAAAAUUUCACUGUUGGAGUACAAACAAUGGAGACAUGUCAAAGGUCACUUUGCAGGAGAUUUAUAUAGCCGUAAAACCUUGCUGUGUAAUCAGGAACAAUCACUGGUGAUCCAUCACUGAGCUUUUGCACUAGGAUUUAGUGAAGGAUUUAUCUGCCAAAUCAUCAAACUUCUAUUUAUAGAGUAAACUUGAUAGCCCACCUAACCUAUUGGAUGGCUAAUAGCAUAUUGCAAGCACAUCUUGUGCUGUAUUAAAGACGUUGUGCUGUAUAGUUAUUUUUGUGUACAUAAAGUUUCUUUAAACCAAGCUGGAAUAGAAGCAAGCCUGUAGGCACAUGUGCUGUGAACAUCCUCUCAGACUCCAUUUCAUAUUUGUGCUGUAUAUUAUUAGUAAUAAAACAUAUCUGUGCAGACAUUUCACAGUUAUGAGUAGAUAAGAUACGAGUUUUAUUUCUCAUUACUAUGAGAGACCAAUAACAAUGAUGAUUUGGUAAGAUAUUAAAUAUGCUACAUGCCUCACUUACACAGCAGUUUUCUGAGAUCACAUUCAGGUGUUGAGAAGAGUGUGAAAAUCAUGGCUGAGAGAAAAAGUAGCACCAGUCCCAACCUCCAAUCAAAAGGAGGUGCUGGCAAGUUUGCUAAACAAGUCCAAAGGAAAUUCAGCCGUGCACAGGAAAAGGUUUUACAGACGUUUAGUAAAUCUGAGGAGACAAGAGAUGCACAGUUUGAAUUAUAUGUACAAAACUUCCAAGAUCAGCAGAGUGAUGGACACAGAAUAUAUAAGGACCUAAAGGCAUACUUAAAUGCUGUCAGAGUGAUGCGAGAUGCAUCCAGUCGCCUUUUUCAGUCACUGUUUGAUGUUUAUGAGCUUGAAUGGGAAGGGGCAGAGGACCUUGGGGCUGUUGUAGAGGGGGAAGACUUGCUAUGGAAUGAUUAUGAGGCAAAACUGCGAGACCAGGCAUUGCUCACAAUAGAAUCUUAUAUGAGCCAGUUCCCAGAUAUCAGGGAAAGAGUUGCAAAAAGAGGCAGAAAACGUGUGGACUAUGAUUCUACUCGUCACAACCUGGAAUCACUGCAGAAUGCUAAAAAGAGAGAUGACGUCAAGAUUAACAAGGCUGAGGAAGAGAUGAAAAUGACCAAAACAAUCUUUGAGGACAUGAACACGGAACUAAAAGACGAGCUGCCUCUUCUCUAUGAUAGUCGCAUUGGAUGCUAUGUAACAGUCUUCCAAGCUAUCUCAGACUUGAGAGAUAUCUUCUAUAAGGAAAUGUCUCAGAAUAACAAGGAUUUACAGAAUAUCAUGAUAAACCUAAAAUCUCAACAUCCUGACAAGAGCUUUGUGGUCAAGACCUUCAGUCGUGGAACACUGAAGAGGAGGUCACUGAAAGAUGCACUGUCUCCCAGAUCAAUGAGAGCCAGCUUCUCUGAGCUUCACUUGACUUACAGUUCUCGAGGUACUCUAAGGAGAGGACAAUCUUCUAGUUUUAGAUCAGACAAGGGCAAAUAUGAGCCUUAUAUCCCAGAGGUGCUGGCUAGCCCCGCUAGACCAAAACCCCCAAUGAACAGCGACUGUGGGGUUAGUGACACAGAUGCAAGUUCCCCAAAUGAGCACAACACGGAAGUAGAGAGAACAGCGUCCACUGCACAUGUACCUCUAUUAGAUGGCACAGAAACAUCUGGAAGUGUGCUCAGCACUACAAAUAAAGAUGCAAAAGAAGAGAAUGAAGGGACUGAAACAAAAGAAAGUAACUCACUGCCAGCCUCAGAGCAGGAUGGAGAAAGGAUGAGCUUAGAAAUCAAAGGUGACUCAUUUUCAGAGACUGGUGAUGAGAACAAGCAGGAUUUGAAUAUAAAUUAUUCUGAAAAAGUUAAUACUAAGGUCUUAUCAUUUAUUGAAGAUCUUGAAGAGCACAGCACCCAUUCUGAGGAGCUAAAUGAACCUGAAUCUGGAAUGGAAAACAAAUGCCUUUAAAUGCCUUUCUUUGUCCUUAUAUAACAAUAGCUCUUCCUUCAGCUUUGUAAUGUUUGUGUCUCUUCUCUGACUGAAGGAAAAUGUCAUAAAUGAUCAAAUAUUAAGUGAAAUUAAGGAGGAGCCAUUCUGAAACAGACUAUCUUGUUUGUAUAGAAAAAGGUAUAGGAAGACAGAAGUAAAAAAGUUAAAUUCAGUUAAAUUCAUUAAAUUCAGUUCAUCCCUUACUUGUCAUUGUAAGGGAUGAACUGAAUUUAAUCCAAAUACACACUUCACCUAUCCACAUAUACACUAACUCCAAAGUUCUCAACCAAAUGAAACAUACAACUACUACUACUAAUAAUAAUAAUUACAACAACAAUAAUAAUAAUAAUAAUAAUAAUAAUAAUAAUUAGUUGUUGAUCUUAUUAUUUUAUCUUAUAAUUAUUAACAAAAAUUAAUCACAAAUCAAUUAGAUGCAAAUCAACGUAUUGAUCAAGCUUUGAACUUUAGGUAAUUUCUCAGGAUAUAUCUUAUAAACUUGAGACUGAUUGGAACAUUUCUAAUGUGUUAUCUUGUGAUUUUAUGUAAAGCCAAGUUGAGUGUUGCAGUAUGGCCAGUUGAUGACCCUUUGCUAAAUGCACUUACUGAAAAAUGUGAUUUUUAUUUUUUGUGAAAUGAUAAAAGACUGAUAUUAUUUAAUAAAUAUGAAUGUGUCCAUUAUAUGAUCUCUAUUCUGCCUCUUUAUGAAUAGAAUAUUGAAUUGCCUAUUUAAGAUAGUUACUCAUUAACAGUUAAUUAUUUCCUGGGAGUUGUAUUGUGGAGUAACCAGUUAACACCGUGCUCCUGUUUCAGAGCUGUGACUUCAUUGUUCCGGAUACAGAGCGUAUGACCACCUUGAUUAGCAUGCGUGCCGCGUGCACUAGUCUAUUUUUAACCGAAUCUUUACGUGAUCUUAUUUAGUAAAAUGUUUGUUUUUAAAACGUAAUGGAACUCUGAAAUGAAGUAAAGUAAUCGAUCAUUUCCAACAAAUGAUUCCUGACGACCACAAAGUGUUUCAGGUUUUUAUCCACGAUUUUUAUGAUGGCUACCACUUCAGCUUUUAACUUCACAGAAAUGGUGGCAACAACUGUGGCCCCAAACCACAGGGACUCUGCUAUCAUAGGAGUGGUGAUUCUGCUGGUCCUGUGUACACUGGCUGGCUUGGUGUACCUCUUGUAUCAUUACCUCUGUCACAACAAGGGCAUCUACAGGACAACAGGAGAGGCUGCUCCAGGUGUUGACCCAGACCAAGUCUACCAAGACACAAUCACUGAAAACAAGGAAUACUUCAUUUAAGUAGUGCAGACUGCCAUGGAUAAGUUGGCAGUUAGUCAUGUUGAAUAGGUAUUGACCUUUAGAUAACUUUUCUGAGGAGAUUGAUAGUGCCUUGGUUGCGAGAGCACAGCCAAAUGGAAACUGUGAGCCAAGGAAUUUACAUUAUGUUAAUGAUAAAGUUUGUGCUUUGUUGAUUUUGGACAUGUAUUAACAUGAUAAUGCAUAUUAGUGUAUCAAAAAAUAAGCCGGUCAAAUAGUGUAUCAAACCUUGUACAACCAAUUUACAUUUAGUUUUGUUGGUGGUGGGGCAAUGGAACUCUCAUCUGUUAAAUACACAAAUUAGUGAAGCGACAAGCAUGUUUGACUUUGCACAACCAUUUUUUUAUAGGUAGCUAGCCAUACUUUCACACUAGCAAAUAAUAAAAAUACUUCUGUUCCUAUUCA